UUGUUCAUCAUCAUCUUCUAUUUCUCUCGUUCUGACUCGAGAAAUUCUGGGGGAUCUUCGGCUACGAGGUCCCGAUGGUCCAAUUCGGAUCCUUGAACUGAUUGACGUUUGGGUCCGAAUCUGUGGUUUGUGCUUCGAUCUUGGUUCAAAUGGUCUCUGGAGUAACUACUGAGAUUCGUUGUCAAGGGGAAUCGACUAAACAGCAGUUGAUUGAUUUUCGAUGAACUUGGUGACAAUGGCAGAGCAAAGAACUGAGGAUGGUAGCUCAAUGAAGGAAGGAGAAGAGGUGAAGAAGGAGAAACUGAAGAAAAAUGUCGAUCCGGAACUUUUCAGCUGCUUGCUUCAACCUAUGAGUAUCGGUGUUGAUCCGGACUAUAUUGGCAUUCGUCGUCUCUUGCUUUAUCGGAAGGCUGAAGCCGCGGUUCUCCGUCGUAAAGACUGGAGGUGCAAUGGAAAAGGAUAUGUGGCAUUCCGCAAUUUCAUACGCCGGCCAAGGAAUUGGGAAAGCUCGCGUUUACCAAGUCUUCAAAGCACCCCAGGAAACAGUGGAAGAUGGGUUCCUCCUCCAAGUCCGCUCUCUCUCUUGCAUGAGGUGGAGAGCUGGGGUUCUAGCAAGGACUUACAGAGUCACCGAAGAUCAAGUUUUAGCUCAAGUGCAAGUGAUAAUAGUCAGCUGCAGACUCGUAGAGUUGAAUUUGCAUAUUCUUUUGUUGGAAUGCAUUGUAUAUUUGAUCAAUGCAAAGCCGCUGUUACGGUUGUGAAGUUUGGGCACAUGAGCUCUGAUCUAUUAGCAUAUGGGGGAGCGGAUGGGACCUUGACUGUAUGCAAUGUCUCUGAACCAUCUUCCUCCGUCAAGCAGUUGCUGGGCCAUUCAAAAGACGUCACAGACUUUGAUUUUUCAUCGAAUAAUCAGUACAUUGCAUCGUCAUCCAUGGAUAAAACCGUUAGAGUAUGGGAGAUAUCAAAAGGACUUUGCAUUAGAGUAAUCUAUGGAGUAUCUUCACAAUUGUGUAUACGUUUUCAUCCGGUAAAUAAUAACUUCCUCUCAGUUGGCAAUGCACAUAAGGAAAUCACGGUGUUUAAUUUCAGCACUGGGAGGACUGUGACAAAAUUAGUUCUUGAUAGUGAGGUUACCUCAAUGGAUCAUGAUCACACUGGUCAGCUCCUUUUCUGUGGGGACGCAAAUGGACAUGUCUACUCUGUGAGCAUGAACUCUCAUACAGGAGCGUUAUCCCGUACGCACCGCCAGUGGUGUAGUAGUCGGCGAAAAUCUCCUGUAUCUACUGUACAGUAUCGAAGCUUCUCUCUGCUGGCCAGGGGCCCUGUUUUGCUAACUUGCACUCAAGAUGGAAACUUGUCUUUCUUCAGUAUUGCUUUGGAAGUUCAAGGAUAUUUGACCCUCCGGUGCUCACUCAAAUUAGCUCCAAGAAUACAUAGCAUCCGUGCUUCGUUCUGCCCUCUACUCUCCCUUGAAAAAGGAGAGUACAUUGUUGCAGGAAGUGAGGAUUCAAAUGUCUACUUCUAUGACUUGACACGACCUAAACAUACUUGUGUCAACAAGCUACAGGGCCACAGGUUCCCAGUUAUCGGGGUUGCCUGGAACCAUGGGGAAAAUUUGUUGGCUUCGUCGGAUUUUUAUGGAACGGUAAUUGUAUGGAAGAGAUCGAAGAUGAGUUAGAACAAACGAUAUGUGUGAAUAGAUUUUAUAAAUGGCUCUGUUGAUUAAUGAAUAUCAUUCUUCCCUUUUGUGCUCCCAUAAUUUUGUCAUUCUUUUAUCAGCUACAGAUAAUUUUCAGUAUCUCAGAGAAAGUGUUUUAUUGCUUUUUAGCGCAUUAGUUUUAGAAAGUAGAAAUGAGAGUGAUCUUAUUAUGACUAUACCUCUGUAAUUACAGUGUAACGAAAUAUAAUCUAGUUGAAGUUUUGGAGUGACUGGUGUUAAA